AUGGCCUGGCAGUCUCUACCUGGCAUGGGGGGUGGUGUUGGAGGAGGUCAAAAUAAUGGAGGUGGUAAUGUAGGUGAUGGAGGAAUUCAAGCAAGUCAACCGCAAGGCACAGAAUAUACACUGCAAGGUGUAAUGCGAUUCUUACAAACUGAAUGGCAUCGACACGAGAGAGAUCGAAAUGCUUGGGAGAUCGAAAGACAAGAAAUGAAAAGUAGGAUAGCAAAACUAGAGGGGCAUACUAGAAAGCUUGAAGGAUCAAAUGAGAGCUUAAAGAAAUUCCUUACGAUGUUGGAGAAAGUGGCCAAGGACCGAGAAGCACAGUUGAAAGCGCUCAAAUCUGGUGUCACUGCGCCGGUAUCAGGAAAGAAGGAGAUCAAAGAUAAGAAUUCACGUCCUGGGAAAGCAACACACAACUCGUUUCUUGAAGUUGAAGUGGAUAAUGAUGCGAAAAAGGCCGCUCAGUCGGAGAAAUCUGGCAUGAAGGAUUUCAUGGACAAAUCUCAAGGAGAACUCACUUAUCUUUUAAUCGCGCCACCAAAUCCUAUGCCACCUCGAGAAUCCCCCCCACCACCGGAAGAGAUUCUACCCUACGGAGUCACCCAAUCUCAACAGCAAAAUCUCGAAGAACUUCAACAGCAAUACUCGAGGUCUAAGGCUAUGAGAACACCAGAACUGUCUCGACCUCCUCCGGCACCUUCUCCUACACCUAACCAUAAUCCACCACCAGUCCCAACUCCGAAUAAACUUGCUGCUCAAAACCCCGAUAAUCCAGCUCCAAGGUUUCUGGCAGAUCAACAACCUUUACCUCAACCUACCCAGCAAGAAUGGUCUUCAACGUUUAGAUCCCCUGAAAAGGCUCAGAUUUCGGAAGAAUCCGUAACAAAGGUCAAUCAUUCUUACGAUUCUUAUGGACGACCUAUUGAAACGGAAGAGACAGUAGAGAAGUCAGCUUCUUCUGAUGUUGAUGGAUGGGACUUUAAUGAACCAACCAAUUUUACCGAACAGGAAAAUAAGAUUGGGUCUCAGCGGCCUGAUACAGAUGUAUUCCCACCUGCGCAAGAUCCGCCAAAAUCGCCAGUUCGUGGUCCAGGCUCACAUCGAAGGAAAACAUCUAUAUCACGACGGAAAAGUGGCGAACAUGAACUCUCACUGAACCCAACACAAAGACCGGAUAGCGGUAACUUCAAAGUUCGAUUUGGUCUUAGGGGUCACUUGGAUGCAGUUCGCUCUGUAAUAUUUACUGGAGGUGGAAGUCCUGGAGAACCAGAACUAUGCACAUCAGGUGACGAUGGAACGAUCAAAAGAUGGAUCAUACCCGCCCGUUAUGAAGAUCAAGGAUCAUUUCAUGUCAGCCCUAACGAUUUGGAUAUUCAAAGUUAUUUUACUCAUCGUGGUCAUGCUGGAGCUGUCAUGUGCUUAACUGCCUGGUCUCCCUCGCAAAACUUUGCCAGCGGCGGACGUGCGCAAGGUGAUGGAUGGAUAUUUUCCGGUGGCCAAGACGCUACUGUAAGGGUAUGGGAGAGAGGGCGAGUCGAUCCAAAGGCAACUCUCGACGGCCAUACGGAUGCAGUAUGGACAGUAUGUGUACUACCUGGCACGACGGGAACGAUCUUUGGUCAAAGUAAUGCUUUCGGCGGGCCAGAUCGAAUAAUCUUAGCAAGUGGUGCUGCAGAUGGUACCGUUAAGGUGUGGUCUAUUAGUGCACCUCCACAGCUUGUAUCACCUUCGGGUGGAAGUAAUCGAAGAGGUGGCCGAGUUCGUGGUAAUUCGAUGUCCUCUGGUUCAGCAUUCCCAUCAUCUCCCCAACCAAGUGUUGCAUCUACUUCGCCUUUCCAUUAUACAUUAAUACAUUCGAUAACAAGACCUAAUAGCGACGCAUCUCCUACCUGUAUAACACCUUUAGCUACUUCAGGCGAAUCAUUUGUCGUUUCUUAUUCUGAUGCCGCUGUUUUGGUAUACGAUACACGGACUGGUGAAGCGGUUGCAUCCAUGGCAAGUCUGGAGACAUACAAUGGUACACAGUCCACUGGAGUUAAUGCCAUUGUUGCAACUACUACUGGCCUUGAUGGCUCUUUGAGCUCCGAUUCUAAACGCGGGAUGUCUGAAGAUGAAAAUGUUGUUGGCGGAGCGACAGGUACAAGUGGUGGUGUAGAAGGUGUCAUAAUUAGUGGACAUGAGGAUCGCUUCAUUAGAUUCUAUGAUGCUAAUAGUGGUCAAUGCACAUAUAACAUGCUUGCUCAUCCAGCAGCCAUUUCUGCUCUCUCGCUAUCCCCUGACGGUCAUGAAUUAGUCUCCGCUGGCCAUGACGCCAGUUUACGAUUCUGGUCUUUAGACACACGCAGUUGUACACAAGAAAUGACAAGUCAUCGACUGAUGCGCGGAGAAGGUGUAUGCUCAGUCGUAUGGAGUCAAGAUGGACGAUGGAUUGUUAGUGGUGGCGGUGAUGGAGUCGUGAAAGUCUUUGCCCGCUAA